AUGGCAUCAUCCGAAAACAACCGCUCGACCACCGAGAAACCAUCCUUCCCCCCUACCGAACAUCAGCUAUCGCAAUGUACAACAAACCAGCAUCACGGUUCCCCUCACGAAACGUUGCGUCACGAACCUAGACCAGCUAGCAUAUUAGUCACGUCACCUAGGGUCUAUACCAGACACAUUUGCUGGGCAAAUCAAUUGCCAACUAGACAAUCGGCUUCGGCUACCAGACCCGCCCCGCCGCGUUUUACGGCUCCGAGUACCCCAUGCCGACUUCAACGAGGCCGGUUAAGCGAACACCGCCCCUUACGCUCCAGGCCUCCCUCACCCUACCCCUGGCCAACGGGUCUGCCAAGCCCGGAAACUAGUCCUGCGAGGUCGACGGAGCGACAUGUACAAUUCGAUUCACUCCCUUGUUCAGAUCGGGACCGAGAUCGAAACAAACGCAACAACUUGCGCAAACGAUCGCCUUCCCCCUAUCCUGGACAAGGCAUGGCUCAGUCAGAGAAGGAGGAAAGUGACAGCCACGACACAGAGACAUCGGAGAAGAAGAAGCCCAGCAAGAGCUUCUGGCAAACUUUACUUGAUUUCGAGGUGUCUUUUCUGACCCUGUCGGCGACGGCCUAUGAUCCGAAGCCGAGAAAAGAAGGCGAGGGCGAUUCCUACGAUAAAGAGAAGGAUUAG